GUGUUAAAUAAUGAUUCGGAUAUAUUUUUUUCUAUGUAAGUUCUAUUAUUUCCUCGGGUAAAGAACCUAUGAUUGUUUCUCUAUGAACCUAGCAUCAGCUGUGCUAAUUGUCAAUCUCUUGUCAAAAAUGACAGAUUUCACGUUUAUUCCAAUUUCCAAAUAAAUUUCGCGAAUUUUUAAUUUCAUCUGUAAAAACAAAGUUCCAGUACAUUUCUGCUGUUUAUGUUAAUAUAUUGAAGUCGUUUACGUAAUGACUUCAUCGAGUAGAAAUUAUAAUUUUGAGCCAUUUAAAAUUACUGAAGUAGUAUACCGGGGCUCCGCAAGCCCCCGGCCUAGAAGCGGGCAUAGGAUAGCGUGUGAUGAUGUUAGGAUCUACUGUUUUGGAGGUUAUAACCCCUUUUUACCGAUCAAUACUAUUCAAAGGAAUAACCCUACAUGGACACCAGCAAUGCCACUAUUUAAAGAGCUUUGGAGUUUUUGUAUAGCAACUAGGAAAUGGACACAGCAUAAAGUUCUUGAGAAUAUGCCAGAAGAGCUGGCAUCAAAUGCUAUGUGUAUGAACGGAAGGUAUUUAAUGAUAUACGGUGGAACUGGUGCUCCAUUUGGCAAUAAGUGUAGUAAUGAUGUCAUAACAUGGCGCACAAGCGAAUGUGAUGCUAAACUCCAGGUGCUAAAUGUCACAGGUACUAGACCACCUGGGCAGUAUGGCCAGUCUAUAUUGUGCCACAAUGGUGCCUUUUAUACUGUUGGCGGUACUAAUGGAUAUGCAUAUAACUGUGAUAUUUAUAGGUUAGAUUUACGAACAAUGUCUUGGGAGCCUGUUUUUGUUGGGACUGGUCAAGAGGAUGAGCCAAUCGGCAGGUACCGACAUGAAGUGGCAAGAGUGGGGAAUAAAUUAUAUAUUAUUGGAGGUGGUACCGGUGAUUGGGCGUUUGAAUUAAUGGAAAUACCUAUGUUUGACCUAGAAACAAAGACAUGGACUAUAAUAACACCAAAGGCUGAUGAUUCAACGAAAGAUAUCGUACAACAACCUUUAGCUAGAAAGUGUCACAGUGCAGUGCAAAUAGAAACUCCCAAUGGUGUACAAGUGUUUGUGGCGGGUGGUACAGACGGACAAGGGGUGUUUGACGAUAUCUGGAGGUUGAACAUCCCAGAUAUGCAGUGGCAUUUAAUGCAAAAGACAAUUCUUCCUCACCCUCUUUAUUUCCAUUCUUCAACUGUAACUUCCUAUGGUUGUAUGUACAUGUUCGGGGGAAUAGAACCGAAUGAUAAUGAGACAAGAAGAAACAAUAUAUUGUACAAAGUAUGGUUGUGUAUACCAAAGCUGAGCGAGAUUUGUUGGGAGGCUAUGUUAAAUUUUCAUCCAACUAUGGACCAGGUUGAAAAGUCUACUUUAAUUAAUAUUGGGAUACCCAGGCAUUUUGUAGAAAGAGUACACAUCCAGUGAAUGGGCUGUUGUUGUACCCAGUGGAGGCCCACUGCUGGACAUAGAGGUCUUUGUAAGAAUUUUUACAGUCAAUGGUCUUGUGCUAUCGGUUCAGUUGCACAUUUCAGUUCUUUCCAUCUAGUGGGGGGUCUAACCACUCAUUUUCUAGUGGGAGGUCCUAUUCCAGCACCCAUGGAACCUUAUGCACGGCUCGUAUAGGCAGGAGAUACAAAAUAAUAUCCCCCGAUUAUUUCCCCUUACAAGGGAUAAAAUCAACGUGUCCACCUUCCAAUAGGAGAAGUUUACCCCCGUUUAUUAUUUCACCUAUAUUAUUUGAAUAUUAUUUCCAUCAGUUCACUAAUGCUUGGAGAGUUAAGAAAGCUGAAGCUAGAGUUUUGUCCUUUUCGGGCGGAAAAAUAUCUCCUGCCCUUGCUGCCGUGGUAUACUAUGUGCCCAGUCCACUCUCUCAUCAGCUUGGGUCUUGAAGCAGUGUCGAUAACUCUAGUUCUACUAUAGAUGUCCAUAAUUUUGUAUGCUCUGAGCAUAAAGUUUAUCGCACACAUAUAACUCGCCUGUCGUUGUGGAAGAGCAACUUCGAUAGGUCGACUUGGCUACUGCAAGAAGACGCCGCGCUUGCGGCUCGCUAUUGAUGGUUUACGGCUAGGCGUAGCCCAUUAGCGAAUUAUCGGACUUUUUUAAAAUUCGACUACAAGUACAAGUUAGCUCUUGAUUACAAUCUUACCACCCGGUAAGUGAUGAAGCAGUGUAAGGUGGUAACGGGCUGUUAGAGGUAUGGCAGUUAUAACCCAAUUAUAGGUUUCUACGCGCCGUCGUACCGGAGCGCUAAAUCGCUUAGUGGCACGUCUUUGUCAGAAGGCUAGUAAUUAGCCCCGGCUAAAGCUUCCUACCAGACCAGAAUGGGCGAGUUUACGGAUGCUGCAUGUUGACACGGCGCACCGCCUAGGUCCACGAACUUUUCCAUAAGCGAGGCUAUCCCGUUACGAUGCUGAUUAGCUUGCGUAGCAAUUGGAAGUUUUAUACAAAAUAUAACAAGAACGCCUCUAGUCGAAUUUAUAUAUGUGCGAUAACCUUAACGUCCAGUGAGUAAGUUUGUGUAAAUAUAAUUGUUUUAUUAUUUUUUGAGAAAUUAAGUACAUAUUAAAGUGUUUGCAGAACGAAAGUAACAAAUUUUAUAUUUAUUUUAUACUUUGAGUGUGCUCAUGAACUUUAAGUUCUUGUUAAUUCGUCGUCAUCUUACCUCAGAACAGUAAGACUAAGUAAGCGGUGGCAUAUUUAUAUUCAAUCAACAUUCACACAAGGUUUUUUAAGUACAUUCUGGCUUCCAAGCAACCUUGUCAUUAAAAAAAUCAUUAUUGUAUAGUAAUCUUCGUUUAAUAAAUGUAUUCUAUCACUUUUAAGGGGCGACAGGAGGCAUUUAUUUUUAAAAAUAAAUAAAUUAAAUCAGGACUUCUGAUUUUUGUGAAUAUUCACUAAACAUACAUUAUUAUAUAGAAUGAGUUUCUAGAUGGUCAUCGUAAAAUUUUAUGUGAGGUUACGAACAUUUGUUCUUAGUAUUCUCUCUAAAGUUGUUCAAACGAAGCGUAUCGGAAAUCAUGUAUUUUAAGAGUACCUGCCAUACGAAGCCAGUCUCAACAGGUCUUAUUCAUAAACGUAGCAUAACGCCGGAAUAGUUCCGUAGAGUUUCCGAUUUGUUUUCCCACGUUCUAAAAUUUGAAAGGUGAUGUCAAUUGAAGUGUGAGCAAACACUGUAUAACUAUUCCGACGCUAUGUCACGUUUAUUAAUAAGGCUCAUAGUACAUAUAGGUAUAUAUAUAUAUAUAUAUAUAUAUAUAUUUAAUAGGAUAUAUAUUAUAUAUAUAUUUUAUAGGUGUUUCACACAGGUUGAAUCGAGAAGUACAAUUCUUUAGUCUGUAAAAAAACUUAAAUUAGAUAUCCUUUCGUCAAAUAGAUAUUUUUAGUUUUUUUUUAAUUUAACUUUCUGUACAGUAAGUAUAAAUUUUUAUGCAUAAUUUACUGACUGUUGUUGGUUUACUUUUAUACAAGUACAUAUUAUACUAAAUUAAAAUAUUAUGAUUUAUAAUACACAUGUAUUAAUUUCAUGUAUUUUUAAUUGUUAAAAAUACAUGAAAUGAAUACAUGUAAUAAUGAAGAUUUUCUAAAGUUGAUCGCACAUUCGGACACGAGCCAGAAGCAAUGCAGGAAAUGCGUGCGAGGAAAUAAUUUCGCACUAGGCGUGUUUAAAUUUUGAACGCUGUUUGUAAAUAUUGGCGCAUACCCGUAUGCCUGGAAUGUUCAAUCAGCCCUAGAUACGUCUAGUUUUGUACGCGCUUCGAAAGUUGAGGAUAAUAAAAAAAAAAAAACUACAACAUGGAUUCCUUCUUAAUUUGAAUUUUUUUUUAAUGCCAAAUUGACUUUUGAUUACUUUGCUAUCUUUGGUCUGCCCGCACAGAGUCAAUAUUAUUGACAAUACAUAUAAAUAUUGACAUUAUUUUUUAUCCAUAGGCUGCCCGCACACACCGAUAUUAUUGACACUAUUCUGCAUAUUGUCAAUAAUAUUGCAUGUGUGCGUAGCGUAUUAAAGAAUUCAAGUAUUGGUAAAUAAUAUUGUCAAUAUUGACUGUGCGGGCAGACAUACUUCCAUUCUUUAAUACAAACAAACAAACAGUAAAUAUUAUUGAAUUAAUGUUAUGCAGGAAGAAUGAUUAAAAUAAUUUGCCUAUAUUCUGGAAAAUAAAAUUCCCGUAGACAUAGGCGUCAUAGACUAAAUACAAUACCCGCUGCAUUGCGCAGUCGAGUGUAAAGAUUUCCUCAUCGCACUAACUUUCAUGGCACGUACAAUAUCCCCGUUCUAUUACAUUACAGUAUCGUGGUGAUUUAGAAUUAUUAUGUUGUGCUGUUAUAACGUCGUAAAAAUUUUUAUGACUACGACAAUAUGUCAUAUGAUAGGAUUCUUUUUUGCCGUAACAUUGUAUACUUAUAUUAAAAGGUACCUAUGUCAAUUAUUCAUAAUAAUAUCAUGAUCAUGUGUUUAUUAUUCUGCAUAAUAUUUACAUAGUUACAUGUGACCGUGAUAUGGAAUUAUACUAUUACAGACCUAAAAUUAGUUUUUCUUUUGCUAGGCUCUUUGUAAAGGGGGAAAUUACUAACUGGGAUACCACCUAUUUAAAGAAUAUCUAAUAAGUUCCUACAUGAUAUAGACAAA